AUGUCGCACCCAAAUCCUCCCGAUGGCGACGCCGAAAUGACCGAGCCCGAGCAACCGCGAGGCUACAAUGUUCCACUUCCUCCAGAGCCGCCAAGUAAGAUUGACGAGCAUGGCAACAUCACUCUCGAAUUCUGGUCCGAUAUACGCGACAAGUACACCGUCAGACUGCGCGACGACAAGACUUACUUCGAGAUACGUGAACUCAACGAUGAUGAUCCGACAGGUAUGGGUCGAAGAUUCGAGGGCGACUGGCCGAAGAUGUAUUCAAUGGGUCCACCUAGCGAGGCACCAGACUACAACCCCAUCCACGAGAAGUUUGGAUUGAAGAUCUUGAAUGCGGCUGGUUACAUCAAUUCGAUUUAUCCAACUGAGAGUAUGACCUUUGGACCUAUGGGAAGACUGUAUGGUUCCUCCUUUCGAAACCCAACAUGGGAUCCUGCUGAGAAGAUACAUCCUGUCUUGAGAUCUCAUAUGUGGCAGGGAGUCAGUGAUGAGCAGUACGCAUCGCUCUACCCAGCGUUGAACCUCGCAUCGGCUAUUCUAGACGACCCAACGACGUUAAACUACUUCUACGCUCUCAGCCGGCCAGCAAGCUCCAUGACUACUGUAGUUGACCCUGAUACCAAUCUCACCUGCAAGAUCAUGGACAUUCCAGAUACUCUCACCGAAACGCAGCAACGUGAGACCUAUCAGCUCAUCUGGGAUAUGCAAAUAUACACAUACUUCACCUUCAAGGACAUGGUUUCUUCAGACUACGACGUCUAUGGAAUCACAAAACCCACAUUAGAUUCAAAUUGCAGGAUGAUACCAGCAGCAAGACCCUUUAUGGAGAUUAGCGAUUUGUACCUCAAGCUUUUGGCCGAAACCAAGAAACACAUAGAUUCAGGUCACGCAGCCAACAUAAACUGGUUCUCCGAAGUCCAGCGCAUGUUCCGCGUCCCCGCUCACAAACGCGAGCACAUCGACUUGGUCUCAGCAUACUUCCGCAUCUCGCUCAUGCUCGCAAACACCAUCCUCCACGAACUCGUCCACGCAUUCAAUAACGCCUACUUCGAAGACCCACUCCCCUGGAUCCAGCCUCGCGAACCUUGGGUCAGGGGAGCCCGUUGCAACGAACAAGGCUGCUGUUUCGAACAAUUCGUGUUUGGAGGUUUGCCGCGCGCGAUGAUUAUCAGUAUUCCACCUGUGAGCCACAAGUAUCAUUCUGCACAAGCCAUUGCCAUGCCGUUUGGCGCCAACUUUGAGCAUCAGUGGGAUCAAUGGUACGUCCAACUUGCUAACGACAAUUCGUCUGUUAUGCCCAGCGUCAAUGUUGCAGACUUUGAUCAACCGCGUCGUUUGUAUCCCAUCUUGCAGGAAUGGUUUCAACGUAUGUUUAGCGAUGAUAUGUGGUUGGACCAAGUACAGAGGUUUGGUUUAGAAGCCAUCAAGAUGCCCAAAAACGAUUUAUGGCAGGUUAUGUUGUGGAAAAGAGCUGAAAGAGGCUUCUGGGGCACAGGAGAGGAAAGAUGGAAUAGAAACGAGCCGUUUGGCAGGACGCAUAAUUGGGUGUGA